AUGAGUGGUACCGGUGACGAUCUAGCUGCUACUGAGGGUUUGGGGUCCUUGGGCGUGACUUUGGUCUCCCAACAGACGUUGGAGAACAGCUUGAACAGCAAGGCUAAUGAAGCUGUAAUGCAGAGAGAAUUGGAAAUCGAUAACAAAAUACUCGAUAAGACUAUUUUGAAAUUGAGCAGGAUCAACGCAAAGAUUAACACAAUAGAGGACAGGCUAGCAAAUUCCAGAACAAGAAUAUCCCAGAAGGAAAUACUCAAAAAAGAUUUGGCCAGAGAAAAACUUAACCAUAACGAAGCUAGUAAUGAACUAAACCAGAUCAAAAGCAGAAUUGAAUUAAAAUCCAAGUCACAAAACAAGAAAUUGGAUGUUCAAGAAGUUGAUUAUUCAAAAAAUAGAUUACCUGGUGAAUCUGAAAAUGAUUUCUUGAUUAGAACCGGAAAGAAAACUGCCUUUGGAACAACCUCUGGCUUUACAUUGGCAAUAGGGCAUAAUUUGAAAUCACAUUUAGAGGAAACACAGGAAACCAAAGAAAAAAGCGAAAAAGAUGACGAUACCGAUGAUGGUAAUGAAUAUUUAGAAAAUGAGUUUGAAUUCGAGACUGAUUCACUCGGCGCUAAAGAUUCUGAAGAAGAACUUGAAAAUUUAACUGAAGAUCAAAUUCGUAAUAUUGAUGAUGGCGAUGAUAUAUUUUAUAAAAAACGAUUACAGACUUGGUUUAACUCCAGAGACCAACCAAUUGAUGAUUAUGAUUUUCAGUCCUUUAAUAAUAAUAUUUCUCAAUUUAUUAAACCUUCAGCGUCUUCUCCCGAUGCAAUACUAAACGAAAAAUUUAACGUUCCAGGUUUUAUUUACUCUUCAUUAUUUGAUUAUCAGAAAACUUGUGUUCAAUGGCUUUGGGAGUUAUACAAUCAAAAAUCUGGUGGUAUUAUUGGAGAUGAAAUGGGUUUGGGAAAAACAAUCCAGAUUAUCGCCUUUUUAUCUUCUUUACAUUAUUCAAAUCUUUUAACAAAGCCUGUAUUAAUAGUCUGCCCUGCAACUGUUAUGAAACAAUGGGUUAAUGAGUUGCAUAAAUGGUGGCCUCCAUUUAGAGUUAUUAUGCUUCAUUUUUCGGGUUCAGCUUUAAACAAUUCGAAUAAGAAAUCCUCUUCUAGUAAAUUGAAAGACUUGGAAAAUUUAUUAGAAAUGGUUGAAGAAAAAGAUACAAAACUUAAAAAGGAAUUAUUGGCUUUAAAAAAGCAAGAAAAUAUGAAAGAUGUUAUUAAUCAAAUAUUUAAAAGAGGACAUGUUGUCAUAACAACUUAUGUUGGUUUAAGAAUUCAUUCUGAUUUGCUAUCACGUAAAUGGGGUUAUUGUGUUUUAGAUGAAGGGCACAAAAUUAGAAAUCCCAAUGCUGAUAUUUCCAUUACUUGUAAAAAAGUUAGAACUUACAAUAGAAUUAUUUUAUCUGGUACUCCAAUCCAAAAUAAUUUAGUUGAGCUUUGGUCUUUAUUUGAUUUUAUUUUACCUGGAAAAUUAGGUACUUUGCCUGUAUUUGAACAAGAAUUUGUAACUCCGAUUAAAUUAGGAGGUUAUGCGAACUCCACAAAUAUGCAGGUCCAAACAUCUAUCAAAUGUGCUAUUGCACUCAAAAAUCUUAUUUCACCAUAUUUAUUACGAAGACUCAAGUCUGAUGUUGCUAAGGACUUACCAAAGAAAAAUGAAAUGGUAUUAUUUUGCAAACUUACACAAUAUCAAUACGAUAAAUAUACUCAAUAUUUAAACUCAAAGGAAAUUUUUAAAGUUGUGAAUAAUAAUGAUUUGAUAAAACGAAAAACAUUUGCUGCCAUCGAUGUUCUAAGAAAAAUUUGUAACCAUCCUGAUUUAUUAUUAACAAAACCACAAAGAGAAAAUGUCAAAAAUUAUGGAAGCGCCAAUGUCUCUGGAAAGAUGCAAGUGGUAAAGUCUUUAUUACAAUUAUGGAAUAGUCAAAAUCAUAAGGCCUUGCUAUUUUGUCAAACAAGACAAAUGCUUGAUAUUUUAGAAAAUCAAAUCGUAAAAAAAGAGGGAUUCAAAUAUCUUCGAAUGGAUGGUUUAACUCCAAUAAAUAAUCGUCAACCACUAGUUGAUACAUUUAAUAAUGAUAAAUCUUAUUCAGUUUUUCUAUUAACUACAAGAGUUGGCGGUUUAGGCGUAAAUUUGACUGGGGCGGAUAGAAUUAUCAUUUAUGAUCCUGAUUGGAAUCCCAGUACAGAUACGCAGGCCAGAGAAAGAGCAUGGAGAUUAGGUCAAAAAAAUGACGUGAAUAUAUACAGGUUGAUGACAUCGAAAACGAUUGAAGAAAAGAUUUAUCAGAGACAAAUCUAUAAACAAUUUUUAUCUAAUAAGAUAUUAAAAGAUGCAAACCAAAAAAGAUUUUUCAAAAUGAAUGAAUUAAGUGAUUUGUUUACAUAUGAUGAGGAUGAAAAUAAUGGGAUUGAUAGGUUAUAUGACCAGGAAAACAAAGAAGAAAACGAUGAAACUAAAAGUGAACCAAUGUCUCAGGUAGCUCAAAUUUCGGGUGUAUCAAAAUUAGAAAUGUUUAAAAAGGAUAGUACUGAAGAAGAAGAGGAAAAAUCGAAAGAUGAAGAUCGUUUAUUGAGCAGCUUAUUAAAAAAUUCUGGGGUUGAAGUAUCUUUAAAACAUGACGAAAUAAUUAAUGUUAGUAAAACAGAGGAAAAAAUAAAAAUUGAAGAGGAAUCAACUAAAUUUGCCAAGCAGGCAAUUUCUGCAUUAAGAGAUUCCAAAAGAUUAGCAAGAAGAGCGAGAAUUGGAACGCCCACAUGGACAGGAAAGUUUGGACUAGCUGGAAAAAUCAAAUACAAAACUAUUGUUAUUAAUAAACCAAUAAUUCCUCCGGGUUUUACAAAAAAUAAGGAUAAUUUAUACAAAAAUUUAUUUCCUACUUAUAGUGAAAUUGGAAAACAAAAACUAAAAAAACAUGAAUAA